GUCUUAGGAUCCUGUUGUCUUCUUUAUUUCAAAGUAUUUUAAAGUUGCUAAUAACCGAAAGCUUUAUAUAAAUUAUGACGGAGCGAAAGUUUCGCCUAGACGUUGUAGUGGACUCAUUCACAAAAGCCAAACAGGAGGAUGGUUCCAUCGUCUUGGACGAGUACGUACGAGGCUAUGAUGAACUAUGUAUCUUUUUUGAUUCUCUGGGAUCAGUAUUUGGAUUUAUUACCUCCGAUGUACGCGAUAAGAUAGGAAUCCUAAAGCACCACAGAUCAAAUGAAAAUGGAAAGAACUAUGAUAUGGUAAAGCGAAUGUUUGAUUUUGAAGUGGAAAAAAAUCUAACCGCGGCUCAGACGAAACCCCUAUCCGGAUCUCGAACUUUGCUUCGCUUACAUAGAGCUCUUGCUUUCACUGUGCUGUUUAUGAAAGGUCUAAGUGAAGCUAGUGAUAAAGAUGACUCAUCUAAGUUAGCUGCAGAUGCAUAUAACGAGACAUUAGCUCGCUAUCAUCCGUGGUUAAUCAGAAAAGCAGCUCUUCUCGCCAUGUACACUUUGGAUAACGUUGGGGACAUGAUAAAGAAGGCUUCCGGAGGGAAUGCCAAUGAGGAAGAAGCAAAGAAAUUAUUAAAAGAAGGAGUAGAUGCAAUUCAACCAGUAUAUGAUGCUACUGAGGCGUUGUACACUAGUUAUGAUUUACAUGGUUUACCAUAAUACUUUUCUGCUUUAAUAAUUGCAAUCUUUUUGAAUAUAAAACUCUAYACCUGUUUGCAAAAAUGUUCACACAAAUGAAAAUCAAAAUAUUACAAGAAAUUUGAGUCGUUCAUAUAAAUGUUAACAUCAUGUGUUUAUUACUGGCUCAGUUAAAAAAAACACACACUGAAGUAUUCUCAAGAACCCUUGUAAAGGGACACUGUCAAUGGAUGACAUGCGCUGCCAGUAACAGUCUCACCUCUAACGGAUUUUGAAAGUAUUACCUUCGAGGUAAAUCAUUUUGUGGUGCUUUUGACACACUUUGGAAUAUUCUAGAUCUGUUUACGUUUACGAGCUGAUUUAUGUCGCGCCAAAUUGGCCUAGUGUUUUCUCACGCAUGCKUGCCAUUGACAGUGUCCCUUUAAGGAAACUUAUUAACUUAUGUUAUWGUUCAACUGGAGCAUCAUUGACAAUUAGCCAAUGAAAAUUUCUUUCUCAUACUCUUAGGUGAUUUUUAUUUGGGCCAUUGUUUCUGGAAACAGGUUGAAUUAUUUACAAAUUUAUAGAAUUUUUGUAAUUAGCGUAUUAAUAAUCAUUGGACAUAUUGGGACAAGGUGACUCACAAUAGGAAAGACAACAUAUAACAACUAUUUUGAUGCACAGUUUCUACUGAUUUUAGAGGUUGGUUUUGGUAUUUCCCUCAUUUUUGUUUCAGUUCAUGGUUGGUUUCAAUUCACUUUUAUGUAAGAAAUAGAGGAUAUUACAUGGGCGCACAUGUGAGGACUGGGAGCGAGCGAGUGAGAUAGACUGGGUACGAAAAACGUCGAAGAGACGUUCGUCCUGGCACGUUUGUAGUUUUACAAUGUACCUACAUGUUUUGUUGUGAAAUAAAGAAAGUUUACUGUAAUUAGACGACAAGAAAUAACAUUUUGGCGACCAUGCCAGGACGAACGUCUCUUCGACGUUUUUCGUACCCAGUCUAUCUCACUCGCUCGCUCCCAGUCCUCACACACAGAGAUACAGAUUAUGUAUGUAUAAAAUAUUGCAUUCACUAACAAACUUGAAAUUUUUUUUAAGCACUGGUUGACAAAAACACAGAAGACAGAAACUACAAGAAGAUUUAUCAUUUUUUUAGUAUUUUUUUUCAGCGACCAAUCAAAAUGCUGUAUUUUUCCAAAGUUUGGUGGAUACUAGACUAAUGGUAAUCAAAUUUUUUUGAAUUUCUCAAAGACUGUUCAUAGUUUGAGUAGUCAUUUCAUCUUCAAUGUGAUGUCAUUAAAAAUCAUGGAAUAUAUAUUUA